AUGGGAGGCAUAGUUGACCGGUUUUGGGCAGCAGACGGCUCUACAAAGGUUGCCCACGGAUGCUUGACACAUCUUCAAAGUUGGUCCCGGGAGGAUUUGCGGCACUCUUUCGAGAACUUUCGAUCUGCCGGCGGGCAUGCGGUGAACUGCAGGCAGUUGGGGCAAAUUCUUCGAAUCAGCAACUUCCACCUGACGAAGGACAUUUUCGACCUCCUGCUGGGGCCCGAACAUACAGAUCGCGGUCUUCUGGAUUUCUGGUCUGUCAUAGGUCCCAUGGUGGUGAUGUCUGGCCAGCACUACAUUUCCAGAGUCAGCUUCUUGUUCAGCAUCUUCGACAUGGAUGGAGAUGGCUGCCUCAACGAGUCUGAGAUCAUUCUGGCCGUUCGCUCGGUGUUCUUCGGUCUGGCGCGGUUCUUUCCCAGAGCAAGUCUGCCGGACGGCAGACGACUGGAACACCUGGCUCAGGAGAUGUUCCAGCGUUUCGACGCAGAUGGCUCGGGGCUUGUGAGCAUUGGGGAGAUCGUGAACUAUGCCUAUCGAAGCGAGGGCCUGCUGCGGCUCUGUGAGCCUUUCCCCUCGCGCGAGAAGCACGUGCAUGAGGAGCCUGUCCACUUCAUGGGCUCGUCGGCCUCCAGAGGACACAAGGCCCCCGGACGGUCGGGGGAGCCGAGUCUCAGUCUGAGGCGUGACCUCCGCUUGGCUCCGGACCCUUCGCCGCCCCAAAGCCAGGGCUCCGCGAGCGCCAGCGCCAGGUCCCGUCACUACGACAAACCAUGGCAGCGGGCAGCCAACCGGGACGGGCUGACGAAGGCCCAUGCAUGGGUUGCUUGGAUCUGCUUUCGGCUAUUUGCCGACAAGGAGAACCCUCGCAUCAUCCAUGCUACAGAGCUCAUGAACCUUGUCAGCAGGGGGCGAGUCAAGGUCUUCCCCAUGAUCAAUGCAGCUGUUGAAGAAAGCCGGGACUUGGCGGAGAACAUUGCGAGCGAACAGGAUGAGCUGGGCGCAGAUCGGCUGGUGGUGAGUGUGAGCCAGGCGAUGCUGGCCAAGGAUUUCGCUGAGCGACUGGAGAGGUUGAGCGGGCCGGGCACUACUGGUGAAGCGGGCGAAGGAGGCCUCGUCUCCAUGCGCAGCUUUCUGUGUUUGCUGUGGCCCAAAGCCAGUGAUGGAGCCAUCGAGUGCUGCGUGCGAUGGUGCCAGAGCUUCCAUGCCCACCAGGUGCUGGCAUCCCUUCUCCGGCAGAAGCGCGCCUCCAUGCGACAAAGCAGGUUCUACCGGAAUAGCAUCGAAGAUCCGAUGGCAAUGCAGCGGGCGGCAAGCGGCCGGCAACCGGUCGCCGUCGUCGACAGCUUGAGCCGUGAGGACCUGCAGGUACUCUUUGAAGCAUUGGAUUUUGAUGGCAACGGCAAGCUCUCUGCUCGAGAGCUGUGCACACGAGGUGGGCUCAGUACCAGAGAUGCACAGAAGCUUCUCCGAAUCUGGGACCAGGAUGCAGAUGGCGAGCUUACCAGCAAAGAGCUCUCAAGCGUGGUGCAGGCAGUUGACCCGGCCCUGAAACAGCAGGUCAAGGGUAUGUUUGCCGCAACAAAGCACGAUGUGAUGCUCCCGGCUGCACAAACGGCCCGGGAACCGCCUCGAAGUUUCCCGCGACAGCGAACUCGCAGAACGAGCACGCUGCCACCUCCUUCUCCCAGAGGAGUGCCGCCCGCUCUCCUGACCCGAGGAAGGCCCAGGCCGGGGAAGAGGUGA